AUGAAUGAAAAUUAUAAUACAAUUAAUAAGAUAUUACAAACUUUAGAAAGUAAUAUUAAUGUUACUAGUAGUUUAUCAAGUACAACAAUUGAUCAAAAAAUUCAACAACAACAGUUUCAAGAGAUUGAUAAAUCAUUUACAUUAUUAAUAAAUUUAUUAAAAGAGAGUGAUGAAAAUGGAAUGGUAAUAUCAGUUUUAUCAAAUUCCGAUAUCGCAUUAAGAUUCAUUAAUAUAUUUCAAACUCAUAUAAUAUGUUGUAAUAAUAAUCAAUCAACACCAUUACCAAAUUUAAAAUUAAAAAAUAAUAAUAAUAACAAUAACAAUAAUAAUAAUAAUAAUAAUAAUAAUAAUAAUGGUAAUAAUAAUAGUAUUUUAAAUAAUCAAAUUGAUAAAUUAGCAAUUAAUUCAUUAAGAUCAUUAGGAUUUUUUUUAUAUUCAUCAUCAAUUAUUAAAUGUUUAUCAUCAGAUACUCAAAUUAGAGAGAUUUCAACAUUGUUAGAGAACACUAUUCAAGUUACAAAAAAUAAGAAUAUAUGUAACUAUGCGAUUUGGUGUUUUUCAUCCCAAAGUUUUCCAAAUGGUCCAAUUAGUAAUAAAUUACCAAAUACAUAUUGUGAUUUAUUAGAAAACACUCCAUUCAAUUCUAAAACCAUUGAAAAUGAAGUUUUAAAUUCUUUUACAACAUUGCUACAACAAAAUAUUCAACUCUAUUUAAAUUCAACUGAAAUUUGGUUACCAAUUAUUUUUAAUAAAAUUUUAAGAUUAGAAAAUUUACCAAAUAUAACAGAAAAAUUAAAACAAAUUUUGGAAAUUGUUGUUAAUCAUUAUCAAAUGAAGAAUAAUGUAAUGAGUGAAAGAGUAUCAGAGGUGUUAUUAAGUAAUUGUAAUAGUUUUAUGGAGAAUAUGGGUAAACUAUUUGAUACAAAGAAUGAAAUUCUAAGUAUUCAAUGUUGGGGUAUCUAUGUUUUCUUUACUGGUAAAUUAAUAUUUGUAAAUAAAAUGGCAAAUAAAGUUUUAGGUUUAGCAGAGAAAUGUUUUACACAUGAAAAUAAAUUAGUUAGAAUUGAAACAUAUAAUAGUUGGAAAUUAUUAAUUGAUAGUAUGGAUAUUGAAUAUAUUAGUGUUGAUAAAAGAUUAGAAUUAUUUUGUGCACCAUUUAUGACAGGAUUUACAAGUGAACGUGAAGCAGAGGUUAAAAAAACUAGUUUUUCAACAUGGAUGUACUUUUUAAAACAAUUUAAAACUCAACUAUUCGAUGUUUUCAAUAAAGUUUUUACACCACUUUUUAUUAGCAUUUUAAAGAAUAUAAAGACUUUUAAAGAUAAUGAUGAAAGUGAAAAUGAAAAGAAUAAAAAUAAAAAUAAUAAUAAUUAUAGUAAUAAUGCAGAUUUUGAAUUAGGUGAAUCAGCAUUACAUUUAUUAGUAUCAAUUACAGCACCGUCACAAGAGGUUAGAAGAGUUUCAAAAUUAAAAUUACAGGGAUUGUAUGGUAUUGUUUUGGAUACAUUACCAUUAUCAUUCAAUUCCAAUCAAGUAUUGAAAUGUAUAACUGGUGAUUUGGAACCAUUUACAUUGGCAAUCUCAACCAAUUUCCUUUCAACUUCGACACCAACUAAAACCAUUUUACCAUAUUCAAAUGAAAAAAUUGAAAUUUGGAGUGGUCUAUUGAAGAGAAUGUCAAAUAUUGAUAAGAGGGAUCAAAACUAUUUACCUUUUUUAAAGAAUGUUUUAUUAUUUAUUCAGAAAUUAUUUGCCCAAUUGGACCCAUCCUCCCUAUCACCUGAUGAUCAUGAAUUAUGGUUUUAUCGUUCAAUUUAUCAAUUAACAAUUUCAAAUGUACCAAAUUCAGUUUUAAUUGGUAGUGGAAGUAGUAGUAGUAAUACUGAAAAUACUGGUGGUGGUAGUGGUAGUGGUAAUGGUGAAAAUAUAAUUGAAAAUAUAAAUGGUGGUAAAAAUUAUAUUGCUAUUGAUUUCUUUACAUUGAAUUUAAUAGAAUUUGGAUUUAAAUUAAAUCCUGAUCAAAUUAAAGAAUUUUUAAUACCAUUGUUUGAAGAGUUAUGUUCGUGUAGUUUCUCAAGUAAUAAUUAUGUUGAUUUAGCUUCAAGAUUAAACUUUACAGUGGGUGUAAUGAAUGAUAAUGUCGAUUCAGAUAUUGGCUUAGUUUAUCUUUUACAACUUUGGUUCACACUAACUAAAACCAUUCAAUCAUUUAUAAAAAAGUCACAUCAACUAUUAUCUUUACCUCAACCAUUGAUAAUAAGAAUAUUGGAGAGUAUUUCAAAUUUACUCAUUUGGCCACUACGUGCAAUUGCUUCGACACCAUAUUCCAACGAUACAAGUAUUAAACCAAGUUCAAUGUUGGAAUCAAAUAUAAAAUUAUGGAAAUCAACUUUUCAAUCAAUGGUAACCAUAUUUUCAAUUAAAACCACUUUAAAUCCAACAAUUGCUUUCAUAUUACAAACUAUUGAUGAUUUACAAUUGAAUUGUCAUUUCAAUUAUUUCGAUUUCAUUCUAUCAAUAAUUUCACCAUUAUUAGAUAAUUAUGAUAUUACUCCAAUAAUUCAAAGUGGUAAUAUAAAUAAUCAACAUGAAAAAAAGAAAUCUAUAAAGAAUAAUAAUAAUAAUAACAAUGGAUCACCAGUAGGAAACUUAUUAGAAAUUGAUUUAUUAAUUUCAAAUAUAUUAUUAAAUUUAAAUAAUAUUUUAAUGAAUUGUCAUCAUAGUAAAAUGAUAAUUAAUGGUGGUGUUAAUCAGUUUAGAGUGUUGAAACAAUUAUCACCUUUAUUUGAAAGUAUUGGAAAUAUGAUUAAAAAGUGUAAAUCUGUACCAAUGUGUUUGGCAACCUUAAAGAAUAUGGAAGGUUCAUUCAUUUUAUACUUAAAAGAUGGUGGUAAACCAACCGAUCAAACAAUUCUUACAAAGCAAACUAAUGAAGAUAAAUAUAUAUUGACAACGUUAAUUAAAAGUUCUUUCUUUACAUUUUAUUCAAAUACAUUGGAUAUUUUAAUUAAUGAUGCUUCAAAUCUAUCAUCAUCAUCAUCAACUUAUUCCUCCUCUUCACCAAUUUAUAAUAAUAAACUCUUGGAACAAUUAGAAUUAUUAAUUAUAUCAGCAUUUACAAGUUUAUCUGAUGAAAAUAAAGAAAAAGUAUUAUUCUUUUGGAAUGAAACUUGGGGUAGACAAUCUCAAAAUCAAGAUUUAAUUUAUCCUUCAAAACUAUAUAAAUGUUUUAAAAAGUUAGAGAAUAGAGUAUCAAUUAAAUUACCAAAUUUUCAAAAUCAACUAAACAACAACAAUAACAACAUCAAUAAUAAUAAUAAACGUUCAAAUUCUCAUUUAAGUGAAUAUAAUAAUUAUACACUUGAAUUAAAUUCAUCAAGAAAUGAAGAUUCUCAAGAUGGUUUUAUUUUACCAGAGUCUGAACUUAAUAAAUUUAAUAAUCAUAAUACUAAUUUAAUAAACAAAGAUAAUAAAGAUGUGAUUAUGGGUGGUAAAUCUUCAAAUACAACAGCAACACCAAAAAAGAAACAAAGAGUUUCAACUUCCUCCAAUAAAGAUCAAUAUGUUUUCAUUGAUAAACCAAUAGAAAAUGAUAUUUCCACACAAUCAUUAACUGAACAUCAAAUGGAAAUAUUUGAAAAACAAAAACUAAAAAGAAAUUCCUCUACAACUUUAUCCUCUUCAUUAUCAUCUGCAAGCAACUCCAACAAUAAUAAUAACAAUAAUAAUAAUAGUAAUAGUAACACUCCUCCAACAUUAUUAUUAAAUGGUAUUAAUGAUAAAUAUAUUGAAAAUGAAGAUUUACUCAGUAUAAUUAAUAAUUUAAAUGAUAAAUUAUUUGAAAAUCAAUCAACACUUUCACUAUUACAAAUUCAAACUAUUUCUUUGGAAAUUUCAAAUAAGAUUAAUAUAAUUUUAAAAAAUAGGUUAUUUAAUAAAUAA